AUGCAGAUCAAUCAAGGCGGUCCGGCCACCCCCACGCGGUUCCGCUGCAAAGUCGGCGGCGAGUGGAAGGACAUCGACCAGUUCUCAAACGCGCAGCAAAGGAACAUCCGAUACAUGGCGAGCAGCGGCCGACGAGUAGACCCUGCACACUGCGGUAUGACCUGCAAGCAACAUGCGGCCGGCUCGCGCACGGAGAUGAAGUGCGACCUAUGCAAUCUCAUCAAGCCGAUAGACGAGUUCAGCAAGAGCUCUCGGCGCAAUGGAAUAUCCGAACCUGAACUGACGCCGGGACCGCUCGAGACCGGGCACAUCUCGCCGGAGGAGGUGGCACAGCAGUCGCUGCGCCAGCAAUUUUUCACCAGCGAGGACUUCUUCCCUGACGACGAUGAAGACGAUCUCUUCCCACAGGCCCCAAUUACGGACUUCUCCUCUCUCGGACUCAAUGAUUCGUUCGGCAAAGCCGUCGGCGUCUCGCCCAUAGAGGAGUUGGUCUCACGGGCCAAACGCAGCGACCCCGCCCACUCCUCCGCCACCUCCGUCGCCUCCGUCGCCUCCGUCGCCUCCGUUGCCUCCGUCCGGUCGACGCUGCCCCCGCACCUGCGGACGAAGCACAGGACCGCGAGCGAGGUCGGCUCCGCCGCCUCGUCGACAAACGGCGACAUGUCCAUGGCGACCACGAUGCGAGAGAUGGACUCAGACGCCGCGUCCAUGGCGAGCCGCCGGUACAAUGCCUGGGGCCCGGACGGCCAGCUGCGGCGCCGCGAGGCCGCUUCCGUCCUGCGGUCCGCGUCGCCGUCGUCUGUUGUGUCGCCGUUGUCUUACGCGGCGUCGGUCAAGGAGGACAACGACCCCAACGUAAUCGGGGACUGGAGCAGCAUGGGAAAAGACCUUCCCCCGGCAAAGCUAGGCCGCAAGAACCCUUGGGGGAAGGGCGCAGGUAACAAGCUGAGCGUCGCCGAGCUGCGGGAGGCGCACGGGAUCACCAACCAAGGGUAUACCCGGCGCGAGAUUGAGGAGCAGAGGGUUGUGCGCCCUCUCGGCUACGAUGAUGAUGAUUAUUAUUCCGACUAA